GUUCCUAUCCGUCUGCAUACUGAUCUCUCUGCUGGAAGCAACACUUGGCUACCAUCGCAUCUUCUACAAUGGCUUCUCCUCUCCCCCUUCCCUCUGUUGCCCCUAAUUUCAAGGGUACUUGUGGGUUCGGUUUAAGGGGUCGUAAAUCGAGAUUCGGUGUCAGCAUUCGUAAGGGAUUAAGGGUUUCUGCUGGAGAUUUGAUGAUUGAACAAGAUGAUCUUCUUCUUACAUUUUUGAAGGACAGAGAGUUGAAUGGAGACUUUAUAGCAAAAGUAACUGAUAAACUUUGGAUGAGGAAGUCAAUAAAGAUUGAUAAUACUGAAACAGACUUAACAAUUGAUGCUAAUCAACUCAAUGAGCCAUUGGUCGAUGAAAAUACGGGUGGAUUCCUGAAACUGACAAGAACAAAUGAGUGGCUAUUAGGGGAAACCACUGCACCAAUAAACAAAAAGAUGAGAGCUAAGGAACAACGUGAUGAUAGUGAAAGAAGAACUAGACUAAACCUACUUCAAUAUGAAGCUAUUAAGAGGGAACUUUUUCUUCUAACAAUUGCUAUUGGAACUGCAUGUAGUGGAUAUUGUUUAGUAACUUUUUCCAUCCAGGCUGCUGUGAGUUAUGCAACAGGAGUACUUUUCAGUUGCUUGUAUCUUCAACUUUUGUAUCGAUAUGUUGACAACCUUUCAAGGGAAUCAAUUCCAAAAAUUUUCAGAGAAAGAAAGAUCAAAAGAAUUGGAAUAAGAAGUGAUGAUGUGGCGGAUACUUUUGAGAAAGUGGUGAAGGGUUGCAGCAUGGUUUUGUCAUCACCACGUCUUGUAAUCCCAGCUGCCAUUUAUGGAUUGUGGGGCAUCUCUCAACAUUUUGCAAAUGAUUUUUUUCAGCUUACACCAGCAAUGGUAGGGGUGUUUGCAUAUAAAGCUGCUGCAUUGGUUCAAGUUUACAGAGACAAUGAAGAUCUUCAAUUAAUUUUUCCUGGAAGUGAUGUGGACAUGUUUGACUAAAGCUUUUUGUCAAACUUUAAUAUAUUUUUUUUUGACUUUCAAGUUGGAUGCUUCCCAAUGGCUCACAUCUUUGAGGUCUUUUACAUGGAAGAGUGAGAGGUUGCUUGUGGAAAGCCACCGAUUACAUGUCAAAUAAAGUCUUUUGUAAUGAGGUUUAGUUGUAUAUUACUUGUAAGUUGUAAUUUACAUGUUCUUGUGAUAAUAUCAACAUCUUAAAACCUUGUGAAAUAGUUAAUAGGAUUCAAUAAACUGCUUAUUAAUUCUGUCAUUUAUGUAACAUUGUAAUUCAUCCAUCAAUUGAAUUGUUCUGUGUAAUGUGUUGC